UUGCCUGGGUGGGCUGCUAAGACGGGCUUGGAAGCCUUGUCGCGGUCGGAAUAUUUCGCAGCCUCCUCGCCCAGGCGGCGGCCCACCAAAAGCCGCCUCUUCUGAUCUUCGCCGUCUCCUUUUUCGCCUUGGCCUCGGCCGACUAGAAUCGCUUCCGUCUUCCCCUCGCGAGGUAAGAAUUCGGAAAUCUGUUCCCGAUUUGGGCUCUCGAUUCGCCUUUUCGACUAUUCUUUCUGACCUUUUUGAUGGAUUUGAUCGUGGUCGGAGCGGCCUUUUGGUGCUCUUAGCUUUUUGGAUAAGAAUCCGCGAAAACCUAGCUCAAUUCUGGUUCUCUUUUUUCUUUCUCCCCUCCUUCGCUUGGAAUCGGUAGUAGUCCAAGAAACCUCGAGUUUUUAUUGCUGGUUUCAAGGACAAAAAGCUGCUCAGCUACAAUAAAAUAUAAAGGGAAAGUGGGUCAAUGAUAUUUUCUUGAGAGAGAGGAAAGAUCAGCUGAUAAUCUACAUAUGGAAAGGAAUGGAAACACAGCCAAUGAAGAAUUUUAAUGUGAAACAGCUUUGUAGCACUGGAAAUUCUGAAGUUAUGUCAUCAUCUCUGCCUGUGCUACCUACUCCCUUGGAAGAGAAGUUUCCAAAACUGCCAGAUUCCCAACAGCUUUCGGUGGAGAGGGAGCUAAGAAGCAGUCCAAUUAUCCCCCCUCAUACUCCCUUUGUGUCCAACAGCGGGGUUGUUGGACCUUUAUAUUCAUCGGCUUCAGGGAUCUCUUUAGAUCUUCACUUCUCUUCUGUUUCACCUAAUGAGAGGCAUCCUAAUGGUGCUUCUUUCAUUUCUCAGUCAUCGAAUGUUGGAAUAUCCUUUCCUUCAACUCCUCCACCUACAGGGGCAUUCCAAUCUUUAACAGGUAAUGACCCCAGAGAAUCCACUGAAGUCACCUGGUGUCCAGAACCAAUUCAGAGCAUGAUUGGUUAUUCAGAUAAUAUCACUGAUGGCAACAAUGAGAUCCAGAACAGUUGUGAUGUGGUCUCUGAUGACCUUGCUAAGCAAAAUGAGUGGUGGACAGAUCUAAUGAACGAAGAUUGGAAGGAUAUUCUCAAUGAAACAGGUGCUCAUGAGUCUCAGCCAAAGGCUAUGCAAUCAGCAGCCCAAUCAUCUCCAAGUAUGCCAGUUCACCAGCUGCAAAUCCAUCAAGCUGUUCCAUCUCACUCUAGUGAGCUUUGUGCAGUCUCUAAUUCCUCUGGCGCUAAUGCUGCCACAACCAAGCCGCGUAUGCGUUGGACUCCAGAGCUGCAUGAAUGUUUUGUAGAUGCUGUGAACCAACUUGGUGGCAGUGAAAAGGCUACCCCUAAAGGCGUGCUGAAACUCAUGAAAGUGGAAGGUUUGACCAUAUACCAUGUGAAAAGCCAUCUUCAGAAAUACAGGACAGCUCGUUACAGGCCAGACUCAUCAGAAGGGGCAUCAGAAAAGGAGGUCAUUCCACAGCAGGAAGUGUCAUCUCUUGACCUGAAGACGAGUCUUGGUCUCACUGAAGCAUUGCGACUCCAGAUGGAGGUCCAGAAACAGCUUCAUGAACAACUUGAGAUUCAGAGAAAUCUGCAGUUGCGAAUUGAAGAACAGGGGAGGUACCUUCAGAUGAUGUUUGAGAAGCAAUGCAAGUCGGGCAUGGACAAUCUUCAAGCUGCUUCCACCAUGGAAGAACCGGUGACUGUAUCUUCUGACCAAACACAUCCUGCUGACAAAGAAUUCCCAGGGAAGAGUCGAGAUGAAUCAGGAAAUGACCCUGCUGGUGCAGAGAUGGCAGAAGGCUCAAGGCAGGUUGGUGACAAGCAAAAGAUGCCUGAAUCUGAAUCCUGCUUCGAGAGGGAAUCUAAUACUGUUAGUGGGUCUCAUUCCCCACCCUGCAAGCGCGCACGAGGCUCUGAGGAGUCCUCAACUCCCACAUCUGUGUGAGAUUAACAUAUUUCAGUCUUGUGCGAUGACUGGUGAAAUGAGCACUAUCAUUUGUCAUGAGAAUCUCAGUAAUCAAGUGGGAAGCUAUUUUAAGGUUAGGAGCCACUGACUCCUCAAGGAGGCAGCAGAUGUGAUUGCCUGUACUGUUGGUGGGUAAUAGCACAUUUUCUGUUUAUUUCAGUUAAUGGUGAACUUGUAGGGUGUAGAGAUGUGGUAACGUGCCUUUCAUGAAGUUGGAAAUUUGCACCAAUCCAGGACCAGCAAAUGAAUAAACCCACACAAUCUACACAGCCACAUUUCUUCAA